ACGCCCUCCUCCGCCACCGCAGCUCCGUCGAAGGCCAAAGCCAACCUCUCUAAAUCGAAGAAAACAGCAGCUGCAUUAACCUCUGGUGGUGCCAAGAAACCCAGAGCCUACCCUACUUAUCAUGAGAUGGUCAAGGAGGCGAUUGUGGCUUUGGCUUUGAAGGAAAGGAGUGGAUCGAGCCAGAUUGCAAUUGCUAAGUUCAUCGAAGAGAAGCAUAAGUCCAACCUCGCUGCAAAUUUCAAGAAACUGCUGGUUGUUCAAUUGAAGAAACUUGUUGCUAAUGGCAAGCUAGUUAAGGUCAAGAACUCCUUCAAGCUCCCUCCUAAAUCUUCCGCUAAGGAUGCUGCUUCUGUGAAGAAAGCGGCUCCAGCGAAGCCCAAGGCCGAGGCUAAGCCUAAGCCGGAAAAGGCUGCGAAGGCUGAGGCUGUAAAGUCUCCGGCGAAGAAAGCUGUUGUAGCGGCUAAAAAUAAGACUCCGGCGAAAAAGGCAGUAAAGAAAACCAAGAGUAUUAAGUCGCCGGUGAAGAAGGCAGUUAAGAAGACCAAGAAGUGAAAGCAGUUUGUGGAUAGAAUGACAGGACUUGUACAUUGAGGGUUUAGACGGGAUUAUUUGGGUAUAGAAUUGCUUGAUUUUUUUAGGAGAAAUAAUUUCAAUUUAAUUCAACUUCUAUUUGAAAGGGAAUUAUUUGUUUUAGUGAA